AUGUUGAACCAACCAUACAUGUACCAGCAGGACAACUCCUCAAACUCAUACCAAACUCGUCCAAGCAUCUCAUCUAGAAGCUACAAGACUGCCAUCGAGCAAAGAAUGAACAAGAUCAGAAGCAUUCACCAGGUCCUAGUUACCAAGCCAUAA